AUGAAGAACAUUAUUAAAAACAAAACAAAUUUAUAAUUUCUGAACACACCAUUGGAGUCUCUUGAGAGGUCUUCAACUCCUUCCUUGGCGAAGAGAAACUAGGAAGUAUUAAAACUUUACAGAGAAGUAUUGAAAAUGACUUAAAGAUUUACUUGGGCUAAUGAGGAUGGCACUCAGUGGAAAAUAAUACUUUAAAAGACUGCAAGAUAAGAAUUCGAGUAGCUUAGGAACGAGACUGAUUCUGUUAAAGUGGGUAAAUUUAUGAUUACUUGGCGUGAAGCCAAUAUGAGAAUACAUGAGAAGAUUAAUGAGACAUAGAUGAAGAUUGCAAAGCAUGUAGAUGACACCAGAACUGACAAGAGUUUAAUCAAUAAAAACAACUAUCAAGAUAAAGUCUGA